UUCCGUUCCAUUCUGUAAAGACGUCCUCCAUGUUAUGAAAUCCACGGGGGGGUAAUGUGAAAGUAUUCAACUCUAGGAUAUACAUUCCAGCUACUGCUUUCAAGAGAGACGACGAUUAUAAUAUGUCUGAAUGAAUGAUAUCUGAACGUUUAACUUGAUGCUAAUAUUGGCUGUUGCUUGUGAUCUUUUUUUAAGCUAACAUUAGAUUUCCGAUUUGUUUAGUGAUUUGCUUCAAUAUACUUUCGUUACUCACCAAAGUAUAGAUGUGACUCGUGUGAUGACGAACUUUUCUCUGGUUGUGUAAACUGUCCUGUCUUUCGUAUUUUGGAGAAACGACGACUUUUGAGUAUUUUUUUGACUACGAAAUGCGUAUUUAACAGAGGGGUACAGACCAAAAGCUAGCCAUGACGUAACGUUACCCCAAUCACAGACGCAAACUUCUUCAGCGCCUAUUUUCACGAUCUCUUCUGACCGGGGGUUUGGAAACAUAAGGAACUUGUCUUUCAUAUCAGUGAGAAAUAAUACAAAUCAAUUACUACACGUCUUUACAGGCACAGGACAGAGCUGCCUUAGGUAAUGGCCUCCCCUUCCCCCCACGACCGGAGUGGUCGCCCCAGCGAGGACCAGGACGAGGAGGACCCAGUAGAGCAGAUGAUCAGCAGGACAGGAUGUGGGGAGCUGCACUACGCAGUCCAGGAGUGCAUGGCCGAGCACCAGGACUGGAGGAAGUGCCAGAGCCAGGUCCAGACCUUCAAAGACUGCAUGAUGACCUUCCAGAAAAGCCGGAAGGAACAGCUGAUGAAGCAGAGGCCGUCUACAGAAUCGACUUAGAAGAGAGAGAGAGUGGUUUGGUGGUGUUUUCAUUACGUAUCUGGACUGAUAACUGAGAUAUCAACGGUUUAGUUUUGCCACUGACAUUAUAAUUGGUUAUGCGUGUGUCUAAAACAGUCCUUCCCAAAUGGUGGAUCGCAACUGAUCGUUUUUGGGCCACAGCCCAAGACUGGGUACAUGCUGACUGGGUACAUGCUGGAUCACUGGUUUUGUGUAACUGGUGGGUCACAAGAUUACACAUAAAGCUAUAGAUGUGUCUCAACUCAACAAGUUGUUGGAAAAGACAACAUUAAAACACCAUACCAUCACUCUGCUUGUCACAGUAUUUGGUAUGACAGCAGAACCUUCUCUCUCAGACUGUUUUCCCUCUCCUGAUGCAUCAAGAUUAAUAACUGAGGAAUCUCUUCUCUAAAUCAGUCAUGUGGUUUAGGGCUGUGUGUGUGUGUGUGUGUGUGUGUGUGUGUGUGUUGAAACGCUACAACAUUCACAUUUCAUUCACAGCUUGUAAUUCAUUGGUUAAAGGGUGAAUGGGUGUGUGCUUGCCCUAGAGAGAGAGAGAGUUCAGUUCCUGUAGUGGCAGAGUUAACGGGCACAUUUAAAUGUGCUUGUAUUCAUUUUGACAUUAUUAAACUAUAUAUAUAU